GCGUGCGAGGCACCCGUCGUCGCGUCCUGCUCCGCGAGCGCGCCUCUACCGCGCAUCGUCGUCGACGAUCUUCGUCGUCUCUCGCGAUACGAACGUUUUCUUUCAACGGGAAACGUAAAACUGUGGUGCGAAAAUUGCGAAUCUUUCGAACGCGAGAGAGAUCAAUGCUUCUCUUGUCUCGCUCCCUCCAUCUUCCUCCUCGAUUUUGAAAACCGCGCGUGUUUGAAACUCCGCCAAGUUGAAGUUGCAGAGAAAAGUGAACGCUUGAACGACGAACAUCGAGCUGGCUGUCUCGCUCGCUCGCUCGCUGUUUUCUCGCGAAGGAGAAUAGGAAAAAGAGGAGAAUCGGCGCGAGUGAGAGAAAGACGCGAGCGUCGCCUGUGAAGAAGCUCGAACUAGUCGGUCGCGAGUUUGUGUUUUUGUUUAUGCGGAACGGACUCUUGCACCGGUAACUACGCACUGGACACGACACCGCGUCGCUACGUCGAAGGAAGUGCGAGUGGAUGCGCCUCGGAAGGACGAUUCGUCGCUGGAGGAGGCGUUCGAGAAAGGACUUUGGGAAACCUGCCACGAGGAUUAAUCGAAAAUACAGUUCGGAAGACGAAUUAUUUCGCAAUAACUUCUAGUCCUAACGCAAAUCACUACAUCAUUGAAAAGUCGGGAAAACGAAGUUUUCGAAGGAGAGACGCGUGAGAAACCGCAAAAAUAAAAGGCGGAAAUAAACGUAAGAAUGGACCAUGAGGAAACGCGGUGUCGGCUGGUAGUGGACGAGCGAUCGGCCACAUCGCUUCCGCCACGUCGUCGUCGAUCGUCGCUCGCGACGCGUUCCCGAUACGUCCUUUUCCAGACCCGAAACGAGCGGCAGGUGUUGUGCGCGGCAGAAGAUACGGGCUUGACAGGUGCGAUAAUCGGGGGUGGCCCGGUCAGAGCCGCCGCCGGGCCGGCGAUGCGACGAUGAGCUCGCCGAGGGUGCUGCUACCCCUCCACACCCGACCAAAGCCCCGCGUAAUAGCAAGGCCGGGUAAUUUCGGAAGCUGCGACGACGAGGCCGAGCGACGAGGAGCGGCAGGCGGUUCAAGGCCGAAAUUAUCCGCGUGGCCAUGGACCACGAGGCGAGGAACGGAACCGGCAGCAAUGACAACGAGGAGCACACCAACAUCUACUUCAUCGUCGGCGACCGCAGAGAAAUGGCCACUUACAAGGCGAACCAGGUCACGGACAUGGAACUCAAGGAGCUCUUUAGAAGCGCGGCAGAGGCUGGACCUCUGGACAUUGUAAAGCUUCGCAAGGGAGACAAACUCCUCAACAUUUCGACCCAUCUACCGCCGAACACGCCCGAUACGCCCUACGUUCUUCAGAUCGUUGGCGCGCAUCCCGCUUCCUCGGCGGUGAUCGAAGCGGAGGUGCUUUGGGCCCUGGAGAGGCGCGUGGCGGCUCUAGAGAGGCAACUACGAGAGCAUCAGGAAGCUUUAUACGCCACACCCUCCCUCGCUUUGCGAGAAUUGAAACGCCAAGUGGACAGUUUCAAGAACAAAUUGGAGAACAACGAUCAGCUGAACUGGCUCAGUCUUUACAAGCAACUUCCGGACGUCUAUAUGGAUUCUUGCCGCAGAUUGCAAUAUCGCCGAAAGAGUGACAGCAUGAAGCGGAAAGUUCGGGAGAAGUUCCUCAAUAUUUGCGACGUGACAGUCUCGUCAAGUGUCCGCGAAUGGCUACGUUCGCCGGCUUUCGACGCGCGACAAUGGGAGGACGAAGAGCUGCUGCUGAUGCUGCAGACCAUGUUCGUUGAUCUCGACCUACCUCAAAAGUUCAACAUUCCCUUGCCGAUUCUGAGGAACUUUCUCUACGAGGUCUACAAUAAUUACAACGAGGUGCCGUUUCAUAAUUUCAGGCACUGCUUCUGCGUGGCACAAAUGAUGUACGCGAUAGCCUGGGCGGUGGAUCUCCCAUCGAAAAUCGGCGACCUCGAGGUGCUCAUACUGAUCGUCUCCUGCAUCUGUCACGAUCUCGAUCAUCCGGGCUACAACAAUAUCUAUCAGAUAAACGCGCGGACCGAACUGGCGCUGCGUUACAACGAUAUCUCGCCCUUGGAGAAUCAUCACUGUUCGGUGGCAUUUCGGGUUCUGGAGGCGCCCGAGUGCAACAUUCUCGCGUCCUUGGAUAAUCCUACGUACAGAGUAGUUCGCGAGGGCAUCAUACGGUGCAUCCUGGCGACCGACAUGGCCCGGCACAACGAGAUCCUCGGCCAGUUCAUCGACAUCACUCCCGAAUUCGAUUACACCAGCAGAGCGCACAUAAAUCUGCUAUCCAUGAUUCUCAUCAAGGUAGCCGACAUAAGUAACGAGGCGCGCCCGAUGGAAGUCGCGGAACCCUGGCUGGACAGGUUACUCCAAGAGUUCUUCAAACAGAGCGACGCGGAGAAGCUCGAGGGUCUUCCGGUCACCCCAUUCAUGGAUCGCGACAAGGUGACCAAACCGUCGUCCCAGGUUAGCUUCAUCGGCCUAGUUCUUCUCCCCCUCUUCGAAGCCCUCGGUGAACUUCUUCCCGAGCUGCAGGGUCUCAUAGUUCAGCCGGUCAGGGAAGCUCUGGAGUACUAUCGCAAAUUGAACGAGGCUGCCAAAGACGAACGCCAUCAUCGAAAGAGCGUCAUAGAUGUUGGGGAAUCGGGCAUAGCGCACAGCGGUGGUACCGGUGGCUCCUCUGUCGUUAUCAAAUCCACGUCGUCGCAUAGCAUGCGUUCAAAGCGAUCCGCCACGACGAUUCAUUCGCGUUCGCGUUCCACCGACGAGGAUAUCACGGAGAAUUUGACGAUGGAGGAGAUGGAAAACGUCGAGAGCUCCGAUCCGGAGACGGCCACGGAGGUGGAGAUCAGCGAGAAGACGCUCAAGUUCAAGAUCUCCACCGAAGGCACGUUGGCCGGUCCGACCUCCGGCCGCAAGAGUUGCCCUAGCAGCCGCAAGGGCAGUCGGGAGAAAUCCUCGUUGGAUUAUCAUAAUCAAGAUCUAAUCAAGGCUGUCCGGGAACAUGAGAGGAGACGCAGCAGGGGCGAAAAUCUCGGUAGCGAUCUCAGUUCGCCGGCCAGCGCGAGAUCCACCGAAGGUGCUCGUAUUCUCGAAGAAAUUGAGAAGCAGGCAACGACAUUUCUGGUUGCCAAGAUCGAAGGCAGAGCGCCAGAGGGAAACGGUAAUAUCGUCGCGGUAGAGGCUCAUUCACAACUGAGGAAUAACAUGAAGAAGACCGGCAACAUUAUCGAGAACGAUCAGGAGAUCCGAUCUAGUCGUAAGGACAGCAGCCGAGAAUCGAUCAGUUUGCGAUGCUGCUGCGACGAGAGAACCGAGCCGAAUAAUCACAGAUCUUUGUUCUCACGGUUGAGAAACUUUACGGGUCGUCUGAGCAGCAGUUUUGAUUCUAAGGAUUCACCCAGUCCAAAACCAAAGCACGCGUCCAAGAUGCUCACUAAGAGUAACUCGGUGAGCAGCGGUUCGGCCGCGACUUCGAGGAGACACAACAAUUCUCUAUUCAUCUGCAAGCGUUGCAAUCUUGUCAAAGACAGUGGCAAAGCCAUCGCGACCGUGGUGGAGUUAUCAUCGGUGGAUAAACGAGCGAUGACUUUGCCCAAGGUUCGCAAAUCUACGGAUAGUAAGAACAAAAGCUGGCGGACGGUGUUCACCAAAGAAAAGAGAUCGUCCACUUCUCUGGAGGCUUUGCCGGCAGCCGGCUCGUUUUCCAAGCAUCGUAGAAACUUGUCAAAUCCCGAAGGCAAGUCUCAGAGUAUGAAGGAAGUGAAAAGAUCUCGGCAGGGUCUGGACAUCGAGUUCCAAGAGAUCGACGUACGUCCGAAGAAGCAGCAGCAGCAGCAACCUGAAAUCAUAGUCAAUCCCGACGACACCUCAUGCGAUAUUGAAGAGGAUCUUGGCAAGGUGGAGAUUAGGAGAAGUUCGGCCAGCAUGGAGGACAUUUCUAAGAUGGCGAAACAAGCGGAGGCAGUCAUACUGGGUUCGCUGAAUUCCAAGACGGAGGAACGCCCGCACACCGGCAGUUUGGACUCGAUGCUCUGCAAAGAAGUGUCCAAGUCACGAAAGAAGCAUUCCACCGUGUUUGCGUCGCCCGCCACGACCAAAAAAUCCUCGCCCGGUCUAUUCUCGCGAUUCAAGUCCGGUAUGAGCAUCGAUAGUACUCGUAGCAACAGCAACAGCGAUUCUUUGCACGAUCACGGCUCGCAAAGCGGCUGGAUAUCCUCGUUGACGGCCAGUUUUCGGCCAAAAAGACAUCCGAAUGAAACGCCGCUGUCGCCGCAUCCACCGAGGUCGCCCAGCAGAGAAGAGAUCAAGUGAUACGUCCUGGUGGUCGAGGAUCCCUCUGAGAAGAAACUCGGCCUUCGCGGCUGGUGGCCCGAAAACUUGUUUUGUUGCAACAGUUAGGGACUCGAACGAAAGAAGUUUGAGCCUAAUUUAGACUCAGAUGUAUCCGGGAAUAUCUCUGUCGCAUUCUAAUACGAGAGAACCUAGUAAAAUAAUUGUGAAGAAAAUUUUUCGAAGAGGUUUAAUUUUUUAACACAGGAAUCAUCAUAUUUCUCAUCGUGGUAUUAAUUAUCGGUGACAUUCAAAUAUAUUUAAAUAAAUUCGAAUAUAUUCAAAUAUAUUUCGUGAAAAAGAAGAAUGAAUUCUCGCGAUUAAUUCGCGGGCAAUGUAAAGAGAAUAAAAUCUAUCUCGUGUAAUUAAAAGCAGUCAAUUUUGAACAAAUGUAUUUGCUCGAGCAAGCCAAUUAUCGAAGAAUAAAAAAAAAAUAAAACGUCACAUAUCUAAUAUAUAAUUUUUAAUUAAAUUGAAAUUCUUUUAUUGAAUCUUUCUUGAUGCGGAGGGAUCCUCAUAUGACCAUGAUUUCAUGCCAUCGAUCUUGAGUGUUUUAUGUAUACUACGACGCGAAGUCACGAGAGAUACUUUAUUUGCGAGGGAUACCUACGGCCUGUGGAAAACAAGGAUGUAUGCUAUUAUACAUAGACUAUUUUAUUUAUUGUCCAAUUAAAGAGUAGCCUAACAAAUAAAAUCAUUAAUGUUGUUCGUUACUAUACAUGCAUACAUACAUAUAUAAAUAUACGCAGAUGUAUACAAAGACAUAAGGAUAUAACGCAUCUCCACCACGAGCAAGUGGAUAGUUAUAAGUAGGAAAAGAAGAAGAGACAAAUAGAUGUGUAAGCGUGGCUCUGUUGUAUCGAUGUGCGAUUAAGUUUCGGGGACUGUAUCAAGGAUGUGAGAUAAGAGAAUCUUGUCAGACCAUUUUUAGAAUAUUCUGAGAAUAAUCUUAUUUUAAAGUAAGGCUCUUAAAAAUUUUUAGAUACUUUCUGAAAAUUUCUUUUAAUAUUUGUCCCAAGAUAUUUUUCGAAAUACGCGAUUAUUCUCGGAUUAUUUCGAGAUAUUGGAUUUGAGAAUCCUGGAAUUUUCAAUUUAUUUACACUUUCCGGGAAAAUUGUCAUCUCGUACAACUAAUAGUUGCCACGAAGGGAAAAAAUGGAGAAGAUUUAUUAAGUUCUUCUCAUUAAUUUCUCGACAUCUCAAAGAAUACUAGAGAAGAAUACUAGAUUUGUUUCGCGAAAUGUCUUUUAUCUAUUCUUGCUAUUAAAACGUUAUUCUAUCUGGAAAAUGAUUUAUUAAACUCGGAUUAAUUCGAUUGAAGAAGAAAGAU